AUGGCCCGCUUCCUCGUUCUCACCAGCGCCGUCCUCCUCUGCAGCGGUGCUCUCUUCACUGCCUUCGUGGCCGCCCCCCGUGCAGCCCCAGCUCCCGCCGCUACGCACGCCACCACCGCUGCGCUGAGCGCCGUGACGCUGGUGGCCCCUCAGGCAGCCCACGCCGAGGAUGGCGCCGUGUGGAUCCCUGCGCUCUCCGCCAUCGGCGCGGGCUUCGCCAUCGGCCUCGCUGCCAUCGGCUCCGGCGUGGGCCAGGGCAUUGCCAGCGGCCGCUGCAUCGAUGGCAUCUCCCGUCAGCCUGAGGUCGCCGAUGACCUCCGUGGCGUGCUGCUGCUGUCGCUGGCCUUCAUGGAGUCCUUGACCAUCUACGGUCUUGUGAUUGCCUUGGUGCUGCUCUUCGCGAACCCGCUGAUCAAGUGA